AUGCAUGCGGGAACAGAUGAACUGAUUGCGAUGGCGAGGAACCGAGCUUCGACCAAGCUGGAUAACAAUGCUCUCCCCGAUUACUACUUUAUUCUCUCCACCUCUCCGUCUGCAUCCGCGGACGAGAUAAAGCUCGCAUAUCACCAGGCUCUUUUGCGCUUUCACCCUGACAAGGCCAAGCGUUCCACCCAUUCGGAGGCGGCGCCCACAAUUGACAUUGGCUUGUUGAAGGCCGCCUACGAAACACUAACCGAUCCUAAUACCCGCUCCAUCUACGAUUCGUCAAGUGCCCAGAAGAACGCGACUCAUAUCGGGCCGCGUCCUGCGCAAGUAAUUUCUCUGGAGGAUUUCGAGCAGCCGUCUGAUGAAGGGCCGCUGAGAUGGACGUAUGGUUGUCGAUGUGGAGGGUUGUAUGUGAUCACGGAGGAUGACAUGGAGGCGGGUCAGCAUCUUGUUGGCUGCAUCAGCUGUUCAGAGGUGCUUUGGGUGGGUUAUGAGCUAGCGGAGGGUGGCGAACACUGAUCGCAAUUCCUAAGAGCAGAAAGCGAUAGGGUUUCAUUCAUCGGUUAUCAUAAGAUAUAUACAUUCAUACGAGUGGUUCAAGAUCAUGAAAUUGCUAGCCGG